AUGUGCUCCCCACUUGAAGAGAGGCUGCUCUCCUGUCCCAUGUGCUCCUGUGUCUGCAAUGACGCAUUCAGCCUCCAAGAACACGUGGAGCUGCACCUGGACCAAACCACACAAGGUGGGAGUCAGUUCCAGUGCCCAUUGUGCUCUGUUGUCUGCUCCGACAGUUGUUCUCUGCAGGAACAUGUGGAUCUGCACUUAGAGCCCGGAGCUGCUGUGAACGUGUUUUCAGCGAGUCCUGGUUCAGACCUGAAACUGGCCCGCAGACUUCAGGAGGAGGAGGACCAGAGGAGGAAACAGGAAGAGUCCAGAAUAGAGAAGGAGCAGUUUAAAAAGCUACAGAAGCAGUUUGGGCUGGACGGCAGUGGGGGCUAUCGCAAACAGAUGGAGCAGAGGAUGGAGAGGGCGGUGGCUCGUGGACUCAUGGAACCAGCCGAGUUUCACAGCAAAAGAGCCGAGAUGAUGGAGGUUUUAGCUUCAGGGCAGGACGACGGCAGGACCAGGACUCAAGGUGUGUUAAAGGCCUUAUCGGAGCAUUACCAGACUGAGGCCAGAGAUUGUGUGCACGUGUGGCUGUGUGCGGACACCGAUCACUUCUGCUCCUCAGAGGGCGACCGUGGUUGGGGCUGCGGCUACAGGAACUUCCAAAUGCUGCUGUCCUCCCUGCUCAGGCUGGAGCAGUACGCUACUGUCCUGCCAGAUAUGGCGGUGCCCAGUAUCCCGCGGCUGCAGCGUCUGAUGGAGGAGGCCUGGGCGGAGGGGCUGGACCCACAAGGAGCAACACACUUCAGCCACAAACUCCAGGGAACCAGAGCCUGGAUCGGAGCCACAGAGAUCUACAGCCUGCUCACCUCCCUGCGAGUCCGGGCUCGCAUAGUGGACUUCCACCAGCCCUCGGGUCCAGGAGACACCCACCCGCGGCUGUUCGACUGGGUGAGACAAUACUUCAGCCGAGGCCAAAACAGCAGCAGAGCCCCCCCUCGAAUCAUCAACACCAAACUACCUCCGCUUUACCUGCAGCACCAAGGCCACAGCCGCACAGUGGUGGGGCUGGAGCAGAGGAGGAGUGGGGGUCUCUGUCUGCUGAUCCUGGACCCUGGCUCGUCUUCGUCAGACCUCCGAAGAGUUCUCAGUCCAAACUCGAGGUCUGCGGCUCUGCGACAAAUGCGCAAGUUUCCCUCUGGACUCAAGCACACGCAGUACCAGCUGGUGGCAGCAGAGGGAGUCCUCUCUGAGCAAGACAAACUGACGAGCAUCUUGAACUCAAAGACGUUACGUGCCGAGCGGAUCCCGUGA